GCAGAUAAGGGUGCAGCCUCUUGCAGAUUCGCUGGGCUGUCUGACAACCCAAGCAGGGGUUCCCUCCAAGUAUUACGACUGCAGCUGGCCUCUGUAAAUAGCGGCCAUGGGGCUCCUCGGAGUAGUGUCCCUGCCAGCCAGUGACCGCCAGGACAGCCCUCUCGCCUAGUGUGUAACCAGGAGUCGGUGUCCAGCCUGCACUCACGAUGAUGAGGGACUUGGCUCUUGCAGGCACACUGAUCAGCCUGGUCUUCCUGUCACUGCUGCCUUCUGGAUGUGCUCAGCAGACUGUGGACGACGCCUGCUCCGUGCAGAUUCUUGUCCCCGGCCUCAAAGGGGACACAGGAGAGAAGGGAGACAAAGGCGCCCCAGGACGGCCUGGAAGAGUUGGCCCUACGGGAGAAAAAGGAGACAUGGGGGACAAAGGACAGAAAGGCAACGUGGGCCGCCAUGGAAAAAUUGGUCCCAUUGGUGCUAAAGGUGAAAAAGGAGAUUCUGGUGACAUGGGACCCCCUGGCCCUAAUGGAGAACCAGGCAUCCCAUGUGAGUGCAGCCAGCUGAGGAAGGCCAUUGGGGAGAUGGACAACCAGGUCGCCCAGCUGACAACUGAGCUAAAAUUCAUAAAAAAUGGAAGCAUGACUGACAUUCCCAAGGAGGGAAAACUGACCAGGUUUUUGGACUUCACCCAGCUGAUCGACAUGGCCUCUGAGUGCGUGGGAGGAAAGGUUUUGUUUGCGACAGAUGACUUUUUUGCGCCUGCAGAAAACCUCAUAAAGAGUGACAGCCCGAACUUUAAGGAACACGAAUAUACCGAGUUUGGGAGAUGGAUGGAUGGAUGGGAGACCAGACGGAAAAGGAUUCCAGGUCACGACUGGUGCAUCAUCCAGCUGGGGAUCCAGGGCAUUAUCCAUGGUAUCGAUGUGGACAUCUCUUACUUCUCAGGAAACUAUGCUCCUCGCGUGUCGAUCCAAGCAGCAAAUUUGAGUGAAGAUAAAGUGGGAGAAGUCCCACCCAGAGGAGUCAGGACAGGAGCUGCAGCGACACCUGAGGAGUUUGCAGUUAUUGCCAAGCUAAAAUCCAACACCUGGGAUUACCUGGUUCCCAUGUCAGAGCUUAAACUAGGAAACGCUGACUCCAGCCACAACUAUUUUCUUGUCAAUUCCCAGCAGAGAUGGACUCACGUAAGACUCAACAUUUUCCCAGAUGGUGGCAUUGCACGCCUUAGAGUGUACGGCACUGGACAGAAAGACUGGACUGCAUCAGACUCCAAAGAACCUAUAGACCUGGCAGCCAUUGCUUUUGGGGGAGUUUGUGUAGGAUUUAGUAAUGCCCACUUUGGGCAUCCAAACAACAUGAUAGGUGUCGGCAAGCCCAAGUCCAUGGCAGAUGGCUGGGAAACUGCAAGAAGGCUGGACAGGCCCCCGGUGUUAGAAAAUGAUGAGAACGGCCUUCUCCAGGUCCCUGGUUGUGAGUGGGCAGUGUUCCGAUUGGCACACCCUGGAGUCAUCACUCAAAUAGAAAUUGAUACAAAAUACUUUAAGGGUAAUUCUCCUGACAGCUGCAGAGUGGAUGGGUGUAUCCUGACCACACAGGAAGAAGAAGACAUGGUCAGGCAGAAGUGGGUCCUUCCAGCCCAUAAGUGGAAGCCACUACUUCCGAGCACCAAGUUGUGUCCCAACCAAAACCACUUGUUGGACAGCCUGACCCUGGAGCUCCAAGAUGUAAUCACUCAUGCCAGGCUCACCAUCAUCCCUGAUGGGGGUGUGAGCCGCCUUCGGCUCAAGGGUUUCCCCAGUUCCGUCUGUUUGCUGAGGACCGGGGAGAAGCCCAUGCUGAGGUUCUCUGUGAAAGCAGGCUUCAGGGCAAAUCUCUAAACAGACUGUACCUGGUAGUAAUCGCCCACUCACCCCUUUUCAGUGUU